AUGGAUGAAUCAGAGGAUGUAGAAGAAUAUGAUUCUUAUUUAAAUACUAGUAAUAGGGAUGAUAAUGGUGACAACAACAAUGAAUAUGACAAGAUGAACGAGCAAAAUCAAGUUGCAAAUGCUUUAUUGUCACAAAUUCAUGUUGAGUCAGGGUAUGCUUAUGAAUGUCAUGUUGUUGAUAAAGAAUUAGCAGAAAUAGCAUUGCACCAUACUCCUACAGCUAGAUGGAUCAGAGCCAUCCCAAAAGAGAAAUGGUCACGUGCAUAUGAUCUUGAAGGACAGUUUGAUUAUGAUCGAGGUUUGGUCUCAGUACUUGUUGAGAGGUGGCAUCCUGAGACUUAUACAUUUCACAAUACACGUGGAGAAUGCACCAUAAUAUUAGAGGAUGUAGCUAAACAAUUUGGCCUUCCAUGUGAAGGAAUAACAGUUAUUGGCCGAAUUGACUUUAAUUGGCAAGACAUGUGUGAAUGUCUUCUAAGUAUUAGACCACCUGUAGAAAGACUAAAUGGGCAACAACUACUUAUAAGUUGGUUGGAAGAGAACUUUAAUCACCUAUUUGAUAAUGUGGAUGAUAUAAAAGUUCAACAAUUCACUCGUGCAUAUAUUCUCAAGUUGAUUGGUGGAUAUCUCAUGCCAAAUAAAUCGGGUAGCAGCGCAUAUCUAAUGUACCUUUCACUGCUUUAUGAUCUUCAGGAAGUUGGAAAAUUUAGCUGGGGAUUGGCAGUUUUAGCUUACUUGUAUAGAGAAUUAUGUAAUGCUACUAACCUAACUGAGGAUGGGGUUAGAGGAUUGAUAUGA